AUGGUUGGGUUCCCCAAACGGAUCUCCAGGGUGCUCCAGAGAUGGUUGACUGCGCCAGACGGAGCUCCAGGGUGCCCCAUAGAUGGUUGGCUGCCCCAGACGGAGUUCCAGGGUGCCCUAGACGGAACUCCAGGGUGCCCUGGACGGAGCUCCAGGGUGCCCCGGACGGAGCUCCAGGGUGCCCCAGAUGGAGCUCCAGGGUGCCCCAGACAUAGCUCCAGACUGCCCCAGAUGGAGCUCCAGGGUGCCCCAGAGAUGGUUGGCUUCCCAAACGGAGCUCCAGGGUGCUCCAGAGAUGGCUGGCUGCCCCAGACGGAGCUCCAAGGUGCCCCAGAGAUGGUUGGGUUCCCCAAACGGAGCUCCAGGGAGCCCCAGAGAUGGUUAGCUGCCCCAGACGGAGCUCCAGGGUGCCCCAGAGAUGGUUGGCUGCCCCAGACGGAGCUCCAGGGUGCCCCAGAGAUGGUUGGCUGCCCCAGACGGAGCUCCAGGGUGCCCCAGAGAUGGUUAGCUGCCCCAAACGGACAUGAGUUCCACAGUGCCCCAGACGAAGGUCCAGGGUGCCCCAGACGAAGGUCCAGGGUGCCCCAGACGAAGGUCCAGGGUGCCCCAGACGAAGGUCCAGGGUGCCCCAGACGAAGGUCCAGGGUGCCCCAGACGAAGGUCCAGGGUGCCCUAGACGAAGGUCCAGGGUGCCCCAGACGAAGGUCCAGGGUGCCCCAGACGAAGGUCCAGGGUGCCCCAGACGGAGCUCCGGGUGCCCCAGACGGAGCUCCAGGGUGCCCCAGACGGAGGUCCAGGGUGCUCCAGGGUGCCCCAGACGGAGGUCCAGGGUGCCCCAGACGGAGCUCCGGGUGCCCCAGACGGAGCUCCAGGGUGCCCCAGACGGAGCUCCGGGUGCCCCAGACGGAGCUCCGGGUGCCCCAGACGGAGCUCCAGGGUGCCCCAGACGGAGCUCCAGGGUGCCCCAGACGGAGCUCCAGGGUGCCCCAGACGGAGCUCCAGGGUGCCCCAGACGGAGCUCCAGGGUGCCCCAGACGGAGCUCCAGGGUGCCCCAGACGAAGGUCCAGGGUGCCCCAGACGGAGCUCCGGGUGCCCCAGACGGAGCUCCAGGGUGCCCCUGA